GCGCAGCCGCUCCUUUCUUGCGGCAAGAAGAAGAAGGACAACUCCGAGUGCUCCUUCUCUUCUUAUUCUUCUCUUUUUCUUUUUUUUUCUUUUUGGAACAGAACGCCAAAGCAAUAGACCGAGCUUAGGCAGCGUAGCUUGCCCGCCGACCUGCCCCGCCCUCUUCUGCCUGGUCAACCUGUCCACCCCGCCUGAUUGCCGAUCAGCAGCAACUUGGACUUCAAUCCCCGGAAACAGUGACGAAUAUUGCCACACCAAACAGCAACCAUGUCGAGAAGUCGAGUCGAGUUCGAAGAGCGCGAGCAUUACCGAGAGCAGCCGCGCCGCGCCGUUGCGCGGGAGUAUGACGACGUCGAGCUUCGCGUCCGCGAGCGCUCUCGCGAGCGCGUGAAUGACCGUCUUCCAUACUUCAUGAGAGAGGAGAACAGACGUCCGGAGCCGGGCCAGUUGGUGCUCAGACAAAGAGAAGUCGAGACUAUCGAGCGGCCCCGUCCGAGGUCACCCAGUCCUGUCCGUGUCACCCAACGCAUAGUCCAGCGAGCCCGAAGCGUCAGCCCCGCCCAGAGGAGGGUGGAGGAGGAAGUGCGGUUUCAGAGGGUCGUGAGGGAACCUAGCCGUGGUCCUACUGAGAGGAUCCGUAUCGUUCAGCCACGCUCGCGGUCGCCCUCGCCGGAGGUGCGGGAUCGAAUCCGGAUCGUAGAGAGGGAAAAGGAGCGUGCCCCAAGCCCGGCUCCUGCGCCGCAGCCUCCCACGCCCAAGGUUAUUAAGGGGCCGAUCAUCGAGAGAGAAGUGAUCACACACUACCGGGAUAUCGACCAUGGCGUUGUGGCAGCUCCUCGUCCUCCCUCGCCUCCCCCCGCUCGCCAUAAUCGCGACACGGAGAUCGACAUCUACACGUCGCGCAAUCAGACAGAAGUUGAUAUUCACAGGCACGGCCGUGGCCGGUCUGUUUCCCGCGAGCGGACAUCACGUCGCGCGCUCCAGACCUGGGACGAUGACGUCGUCGUCCAGUCAGACCGCAGGCAACUGCAGGUUGACAUUGAGCAUUGGAGGAGCACCUCCCGGGGCCGGCGUGCGCACUCGGCAGCUCCUCCGGCCAUCGACUACGACGACGAAGCGCUCGAGAUCACGCGCAAGAUCGACUCCCGAGGCAGGAUGGGCGAGGCCUGGAACGGCAUCACCAAGGAUUGGUCCAUCAUCGACGUGCCGCCCGGGACGGAGCGCGUGCGCUUGGACGGCGCCGGCGGCGCCUCGGCCGAGGUUACGUGGCAGAAGUACAGCGGCGUGCGUCGCACCAAGUUCAUUCCCGAGCGCGACGACAAGAGCUCGGCGGUGUCGUCGUCGACUAGCCUCUCGGAGCUGCGGGCCCCUGCCGAGCGCGAGAGGCGGCUGAGCGUGCACGUGGUCGACAACGACCGUGCCGUGAGCAGGGAGCGCAAUGUCGACGUCGAAAAGGUGACGGAUCGUCGCAUCACCAUCCGUGGCUCGACGCCCCCGCCCCGCAACCGCUCCGAGACCUGGACCGAGAUCACCAAGGACCUAGUCUGCCGGGAGGCAAUCGAACAACUGAACUACGAGUAUGAAGAGACCGACUACUUCUACUAUAUCGUCGAGUACCUAUCCUAUGAGGACGUCGUCCGCCUCGUGAACCUGUCGGACCGCAUCCGCGCCGCCCGGAAGGAGCGCGCCCGCGAGAUUGCCUACGAGCGCGAAUGGCGCGACGACUGGGAUCAUCGCAACCAUCACCACCACCGCCGCCGCCGUUAUUCGGUCGACUACGAGGACGACCGCGUCGUCGAGCGCGAGAUCACCUACGAGACCCGCCAUCCGGGGAGAGGGUAUCGUCACUGAACGUUUCGUUACCCACAACCAACCUUAGCUCAACUCAGCCAACCAAAGUUCCCGUCUUGAUUUGAUCCGUUCCCUCUCCUACACCGCCAUGGCGCUAUCGCCCCCUCCCGACCCGGCCCCCGAACUGACUGGAAGCGUUCUGUCUGAGGCGUCUUUCUGAUGAUACGAAAACAUGAUGUGAUGACAUGAUACGAACGAUAGCGAGAGAGCGACGCGGUGCGUGCUUUUAUGAUGACGUUUUAGACUGUUGCUUGGUUGGGACGCUUGGACGUUCUUUUCUUCGGUCCUGAUGGCAAGAGGAUGCAUAUGGAUGGGUUGAUGAUAUGAUGAGUGUUUUUUGGAUUUUUUUUUUGUUUUUCUUUUCUUUUCUUUCCAUUCCGCCCCCCCCUUAUUUCCUAGCAUUGUUCUUGGUCCUUUGUCCUGCAUUUCCUUGAUUGUUAUUGCCCUCUGCUUCUUCUAAUGAGCCUAUGGCAUGGGAUUGGGGUUUUGCCCGUCCGCUGUCGCUCCCUUCUUGAGUAGCAUGUUCGAUCAUGUUCCGUAACGACUCUGAUGAUCUAGACAAGAAAAGAAUGAGUUUUGAACCGGGGCUGGAUCGUGUCAUGUUGGGACCUGUGGCGGACUCGAAAGAAGUGUUUUUUUCUUCUUCUUUUGGU